AUGUGUCUGGUCAUGGCGCAAACUCAAGUAGAAGCAAGACAGAGGGCAUGCUGCCCUAACCUAGUUGCUAUAAAUAAAUAUAAUGUCUGUCGUAUAGCAGGUUCUCAGUCGACAUGUGCAUCAAUCAGUCAAUGCAUACUCGUUGACGGGAGUUGCCCUCCAGGAUAUCCCUACGGAACUCUCGAAUUAAACUCUGGUGAUGCUGUCAAUGAAUACUGCAAGUUGGGGUGUGUAUCCUCUGUGUGUGGUGCCAUAACCACUCUCCAAAGCUUUGACAAAAGUGAGAUUGUGGAUGGAGCGGUUGAACAGUGUACCAAAGCAUGCCUUACUUUGUGCACCAAAGGCUCUAUUACUACACGUGGAACUGCCUAA